AUGCCGUCUCUUCACCCGCUUCUACCGGCACAAAAACUGGUCCGACUCGACAGUGCGCCGUGCCGGUUGACGCCACCUGCCGACGUCAUGGGCUCCCCGAGCGCGUGCGAUGAAUGCGGCAAGAAGUUCAAGGUGUUUGGCCUCAAGAAGAAGUGCAAACACUGCAUGGACGUCGUGUGCAAGAGCUGUCUGGCCGCGCACCUCGAGCUCAAGCACACGCACCUGAACGGCCCGCCGCGCGGCCUGCGACGUCGCAAGUCGCUCGAGAUUUUCGACGCGGCAGGCGACGACGACCAGGAGCUGCAGUUCCUGUCCCCCAUCGGCUCUCCGGACUUGGAGCUCGAGUACGCAGACCCCGAGUCUCUGGACGUGCUGGACGGGGUGGACGGAGUGGACGCCGUCAGCGACGAGGAGGACGGCGACUCGGACGACGACGAACUGGCCAUGACGACGCUGGUGCGACAGUCUUCUAUUGAGGAGGAGGAGAUCCAGUACCGCGAGAUGCACAAGAUCCAGGGCGCCGUGGCGACGUGGGCGUUGAAGGAGAAACAGGCGAGAAGGGACUUGCGCGUCAGCAAGAAGGAGAGUUAUUGCCCUAUGGGCCCUGUCUUCCAGGAGGUCUGUGACUAUGAGACGUGCAGUGCGUUUGCAGUGAGCUAUGCAGUUGCGGCGACGGUGGCGGUCUGGGCGGCGUUUGGCCUGCUACUGGCGCUGUACCUGCGCGCGCGUAGUCUACCGGCCGGGUUCAGCUACGUGCUCUAAAGAAGGCUGUAGGCUGGGGGAGAGAUUUAAUACCCUCGCAAGAUCAGAUAGUGAAUUACAUGUAAGCUAGUUGAGGAUGCAGCAGUACUGUAGACGGUCUUGGAUGUGCUCUGUGUGAAGAGAAACAGGAUACGGCGAAGACAACGCACAUUGAACAGCCUGAA